GCGGGCUCGGCGCCCCUCAGGAGCCGGGCGUCGGGCACCGGUCUGCUCGUAAGCCCCGGAGACGGCCGGAGCUGGUCCUUCAGCGCCCGUUGGGCAGAAAACUCCUGUUGUACUUGGUCUCGUGCACAGACGACAAAGUUGUCCGUUCUUAAUGAAUGUAUGCGGGUCCCUCACUGAAGCUGGAAAACAAGCAAGCAGUGGGCCGUUGAGUGAGAGAGCUGAAUCAUGCUUGCUUUGCUUGGGCCGGGUUCCAGAUUACUGCAAAUAAAAGUUCUGCAUAGGUGAACAACUGAGUCAAGCGCUGAGGAGGAAGAGAUGGUGCAUGAAGGACCAUACUCUGCUGUGAAGUAACUGAAGUUUCCUACUUUCCUGCAUGAGCAGGCUAGUUGGAAUGGACACUCUGGUUGCACAGUAAAUGCCAGUGGCAGGGACCGGCCACAACAUAUGUUGUCUUUUGCCUGGGCUACGUGGGAAGGAGGGCAGCAUUAAGGUGGUGUACUUCAUUCUUGUACAAGCAGUGGAGACUAACAAAGCUUAUGGAGGACAGACCUGUUAGCGAAGGCACAGAAUUCUUCCUUCAAGGACCUGGUUCUUCACAGCGUUAAUAGAAGACAGCGUAACAGCAACCAUUUGAGCAACAUCUGGGGCUGAAGUGUCUACACGGCCUGCUGAGGGCGAGUCAUUGGUGUAUGGGCUGUAGCACCUGACUAUGCAAUGUUUUAGAGAUGGAGGAGAGCUCAAUUCAGGACUGGGGUGAAGAGGUAGAAGAGGGAGCUGUUUACCAUGUCACCCUUAAGAGAGUCCAGAUUCAGCAGGCUGCCAAUAAAGGAGCAAGAUGGCUAGGGGUUGAAGGGGACCAGUUACCUCCAGGACAUACUGUCAGCCAAUAUGAAACGUGUAAGAUCAGGACGAUAAAAGCUGGAACUUUGGAGAAGCUUGUGGAGAACCUUCUGACAGCUUUUGGGGAUAACGAUUUUACCUACAUCAGUAUUUUUCUGUCAACAUAUAGGGGCUUUGCUUCUACUAAGGAAGUACUGGAACUUCUCCUUGACAGGUAUGGAAACCUGGAGACCUCAAGCUGUGAAGAUGACGGGAGCCAGAAUUCCUCCGGGUCCAAAACAGUACUCAGGAAUGCAAUAGCAUCAAUCUUAAGAGCCUGGCUUGACCAGUGUUCUGAGGAUUUCAGAGAGCCACCCAACUACCCGUGUUUGCUGAAAUUGCUGGAUUACCUUAAGAGGAGUAUGCCCGGCUCUGACCCAGAGAGGAGAGCACAGAACCUCUUGGAGCAGUUCCAGAAGCAAGAAGUGGAAAAUGACAAUGGGUUCCAUAGCACUUCCCCAUGGAAUCUAGAUGAUGAAGAGGAAAUGGAGAUCAGUGCUCCAGAAGAAUUCUCUUUUUUCCAAGAAGACCUCGUGGCAGAGCAGUUGACAUACAUGGAUGCCAAGCUCUUUAAGAAAGUUGUACCCCACCACUGUUUGGGAUGCAUCUGGUCUCGAAGGGAUAAGAAAGAGAACAAGCACCUGGCACCUACCAUCAGAGCCACCAUCUCUCAGUUCAAUGCAGUUACCAAAUGUGUUGUCAGCACUAUCCUGAAGAGCAAGGAACUCAAAACACAGCAGAGAGCCAAGAUCAUUGAGAAGUGGAUUCAUAUUGCACAUGAAUGUCGGAUCCUGAAGAAUUUUUCUUCCUUGAGGGCCAUCGUUUCAGCACUGCAGUCCAACUCCAUCUAUCGGCUAAAGAAGACCUGGGCUUCUGUUCCAAAGGACAGAAUGCUGAUGUGUAAAGAGCUGUCUGAUAUCUUCUCGGAUCACGACAAUUAUUUGACGAGUAGAGAGUUGCUAAUGAAGGAAGGCACAUCCAAAUUUGCAAAUCUGGACAGUAGCGUGAAAGAGAAUCAGAAAAGAACACAGAGGCGACUUCAGCUGCAGAAGGAUAUGGGAGUAAUGCAGGGCACAGUACCGUAUCUUGGUACCUUCCUCACUGAUCUGACCAUGCUUGACACAGCUCUUCAGGACUAUAUCGAGGGUGGCCUGAUAAAUUUUGAGAAGAGGCGAAGGGAAUUUGAAGUAAUUGCCCAAAUCAAGCUCUUGCAAUCUGCAUGUAACAGCUAUUGCAUGACACCAGACCAAAAAUUCAUCCAGUGGUUCAGGAGACAGCAGCUUUUAACUGAGGAAGAGAGUUACAGCCUUUCGUGCGAGAUUGAAGCAGCUGCUGACACUAGCACCACAUCACCGAAACCUCGGAAAAGCAUGGUGAAGAGGCUCAGCCUACUGUUCCUCGGAUCAGAGGUGAUCGCCAAUAGCACACCCACCAAAGAGCAACCCAAAUCUACUCCAAGUGGGAGCUCUGGUGAAAGCAUGGACUCUGUCAGUGUUUCAUCGUGCGAGUCUAAUCAUUCUGAAUCUGAAGAAGUCUGCAUCACUCCCAUAGACACUCCUGAUGAGCCUCAGAAAAAGCUCUCUGAAUCCUCCUCCUCCUGUUCCUCCAUCCAUUCCAUGGACACGUCUUCCUCAGGGGUGUCAUCGUUAACCAACGUAAUCUCAUCCCCUCCCUUCUUGUCCUCCAAUCCCAAGAUCCACAAGCGCUCUAUCUCCGUGACAUCCAUUACCUCAACAGUACUGCCUCCUGUUUACAACCAGCAGAAUGAAGAUACAUGCAUCAUCCGAAUCAGUGUAGAAGACAACAAUGGCAAUAUGUACAAAAGCAUCAUGCUAACUAGCCAAGACAAAACGCCUGCUGUCAUCCAGAGAGCUAUGUCAAAGCACAACCUGGAAUCUGACGCUGCUGAGGAUUAUGAGCUUGUACAGGUCAUCUCUGAGGACAAAGAGCUAGUGAUCCCAGACAGCGCUAAUGUGUUCUACGCCAUGAACAGCCAGGUGAACUUCGAUUUCAUCCUGCGGAAAAAAGCUUCAGUUGAUGGACAGGUGAAAAUGAGGAGCCGAUCGAGUUUGACACUCCCCAGAACUGCCAAACGGGGGUGCUGGAGUAACAGGCACAGUAAAAUUACACUUUGAAGGGGACAAGUCCACAUACAGGAGAACUGGUUGAGAAAAGUACCUUUGUUACCAUCCAGUAUUACAGAGUCGCAGCAGAUGAAUGUGUCAGUAUUCACCUUUGAAAAUAUUUGAGACUGAAAUGCAAAGCAAGCGUUUGCCAGACCUGCAGCCAGAGGUGUCUCUCUCCUCCCCUGCAAGUGGAGGUAGACAGACAGAAAUGGAUUUAUGAGACAGUCUGGACUAGGAUUUUUUUUUUUCUUUUGCACAUUAGCCUAGGAAGGUUAGGGCCCCAUUUACAGGGGAAAACAGGACUGGUUGUCUUAAGAACACCGCAUAAGCCAACUCUUCUUGAGCAAAAACAUUUUCCUUUGUGCCAGUAUUACACAGAACAUCUAAAUUUAUUUUUAUAAAACUGGAGAAGAAAAAUCACAAUAAAAUUCUGCCUGAACCAAGGAGGAGGAUCCCAGCCAGCCUCCAGCUGACUGAGAGCACUGGUCUGCAGAAGGUGUGGGUGAGCUGAGAGCUACUAACAAUUGCUGCCUCCAGGAGGCAUUUGCGUUCAUGAAGAAGCAGGGUGGGUAUGUCCCCAAAAUACUCAUCUCUGGAGACAAAAGAAGAAACUACAAUCCUGUGUAUUGCUUUCACACAGCUGGCAAUUUUUUUUUUUGCACUUGUUCAAAGCCAGAAAAAAAAAAAUACCUAUUUUGGAUUUUUUUCCAAAGAACAUUAAAAGAAUGACUGCACUUGCUUUUGGAUGAAUGUCAUGAUUUGUUAAUGAACAAGGCAAACUCGAACACUACUUGUCUGGAUUGUUCUUGUCUUAAUGCCACUACAUUGUGGUUUUCCUUAUGCUUUGCUAACCUAUGGACCAGAAGUUGAUGCCUUUUGCAUGUACUCCAAAAUGACUGAUGUACCUCUUUGUAAUGUGCAAUCACUCUUCAGGAGCAAAACUUUUGCCUGCAUUAAUGCACAUUUUCAUUCCAUGAGAAGCAACUACAUUACCUUUUAAAAAUGUGUAUUGAGAGGAGACAGCCAGGUUUACUGUAUUGCCCAAAACAACCAGAGAUUUUUUUUUUUUUAUAUACUUGUAGCAUUAUUAUGCGUAACCUCCAACCACCUUCCUUGUUCUUUAUAUACAUCUAUUACAUGAAUUUCCUGACAUGGUACAUCCUUUCAGCUGGAAUAAAGAAUUUAAUCAUAUGUUCUCUGUGAAACUUUAAAUACCCUAUUUCUAAGUCUCUUGCCAGAAUACAGGCUUCCUUGAAAGGACACAGGGGUUUUAAUUUUAAAAAGCCAUAAAUGAGAGAUUGGAUUGUAAACAGCCCUUAGUGAACAGACUGUCUUUGGGAGGCAUUAGUAUUAGGUAAAAUAAACUUAAAUACUGAAUUUUAUACAUGUCUGGGGCAUUUUUUUUUUUUUAAAUCAGGUCUAUAGCAGUAAAUUUCAAAGCUGGCCUCAGGUUAUGUUAACAGUCAGUGAUAAACUCAUGAUGCAAAAAUGCAAAAACAGUGUUGGGUCAUACUAUGCUUUACGUUAUUUAAAGAUUUAUCAUCGCCAUUUACAAAUAGCACCAUGCCCUCUACACUCUGAAUAGUUUAAAAACAUAAAGAGUAUUUUUACUGAGGGGGUAGAGAAAGAUGUUGAGUUUAUAACUAACCGAGCCUUAAAAACCUGCCCUGAAUUAGCACACCAUUACAGUAGCAGUCCAGUUCACUUUGUAUUUCAGUGAAAGCAUGCAUUGAUGUCUAUACAGUCAUUUGUAAAGUAUGGCCGCACACAACCUGUCAAUGUGCAAUACUAUAUUAACACAAAAGGAAGAUGAUUUUUUUUUUUAAGUUGCCCCCCCCCACCCCUCAGAAAAGGUUAUAUACAAAAAAAUUUUCUUCUUACUUACCUGUAAUCAUUAUACACGCUGUAUAAUACAAACUUUUUCACAAACAUUUGCCUGAAGUUAGUCUAUUUUUCUUCUCCUAGGCCUUAUUACUACUGCCUUUUGGUUUUUACACCUCAUGCCUCAUCUUCAUUUUGAUCUCUGUUGCUCUCUUCAAAUUCAUCGCUUUUAGCAUCUUAACUGGUCUCAACUUCUUUCAGCUCCCAUGACUCAUCUUCAUAUCUAGCCACAGAACCUGAAAUACAGCAUUUCUUAAACCCUUUUGUUAAGCAUACGUGUCCUUCAGCAUUGUUUAACGCUUCAGCCUCAUGUACAGUAACAAUUUUACACUGUUUGUUACUAGUGUCAGCAUUACUGUAAUGCUUUUUUUUUUUUUUGGUUCAUUUGUCAAAGUUUUUAGGAUGAUCGAUUCUAGCUGUUUCUUCAACAAUGUAGCUUGAAGGCCUGUCAAAGUAAACCAGUGUCUCAUCUACAUUACCCAUUUAAUGGCAGCAGAUGGUCAGGCUCCUUGGGCAGCAGAUGGUCAGGCUCCAGUCACACACUGCUGGAAUGCAAUGAGCUCCUUGGUGAGGACUGAACUAAUGUUAACAAAGCCCAAAAAAACAAAAACACCCCCCCUCACCCCCAAUCCCAUUGCAUCAUUCAUAGCACCAACCUGUUACUUGCUGUGGACUAGUUUGUGCUAUUCAUUGAUUUCCUGUUUAACCACCUGGGUAACUUAGAUUACAUACAAAUGCUACACUGUGUUGUUCUUCAUAAAAGCAGUCGCUUUUGGGUCACUCACUCAAUGAUUUCUGCAGCAACGUAACACAUAAAGCUGCUGUUUGGUUGAGUGUUUCUAUCUACACCCUUUUACCGCCAUCAUGUUAUGUUUCCUCCUGGCCUCACAACUGUUCAAACUUUUGUUUCUGCACAAAAUAAAUACCAAAAGUUUGAUGUUUGCAGCACAGCUGCUCCUUA